CUCUCUCUCUCUCUCUCUCUCUCUCUCUCUCCAGAACGAAAGGAAAAAAUUGAAGACAUGGAAGGACCGGCGACGGGGGGUCGAAUUGAGAGACAGUCAUCAAUCGAAAGCGAGCCUCGGACUCUGAGCAUUGAGCAGAUUCAAUUUGCCAGGGAGGCAGCGUUGUACGUGAUGAACACAAGGAGCAUGGAAGAAGCUUUGAGCAUCUUUACUGAGGGGCUGCAGCCAGUGGUUAGUGUCGCGGGGCGAAAUGUUGAAAAUAAAGUUGUCGAAUCGAGCGAGGGAUCGGAAUCAAUGAAUGGAAUAAAAUUAUUUGGUUUUAGAGAUGUGGCAUCUGCACCUUUCUAGAUGUUUUAGUGUUUGUUCAUUUGUUUAUUGACAAUUUAUUGUUAACAAGUUAUUUUAUUCAAUAAUUUCCAUUAUUGAAUUUGAUGGUUCA